AUGGAGUUGCUCAAUCAAUUGGAUGGAUUUGACCAUCUUGGAAAGGUAAAAAUGAAUAUGGAAACAAGUAGACCCGAUAUUUUGGACCCAACAUUUCUUCGUCCUGGUCGGUUAGACAGAAAGAUAGAAAUACCCUUGCCUAAUGAACAAUCAAGAAUAGAAAUCCUCAAGAUCUAUGCUACUGGGAUCAACAAACAUGGUGAAAUUAGUUAUGAGGAUUCUAUUAAGCUCGCUGAGGGUUUUAAUGGGGAUGAUAUGCGUGAUAUUCUGUACAAUCCACAUCCUUCUGUAAUAUGUCUUGACGCGACCAAACUUUUUGGUUUGAAUUAUUUCUCUAGCAAUUUACAUCAUGUUGGCUUUCUUUGCUUUAGAGAACGAGAAAUGCAGUUCAUAUCAGGGAUGAUAACGGUCAUUAGUCACUGUGGACAAGAUCAGAAUUCUGAUUGGCAUCCUGCAGAGGCUGCCUUGUAUUGUAUAUGA